GGACAAAUUCAUUAGACAUGCGCUCGCUGACAGUCGUUGCGGUCCUCUCGGUGGUGCUGGGGCUCACGUGCGCCACUCAGUGGUGGGAGAAUGGCAACUAUUAUCAAAUAUAUCCGCGCUCAUUUCGCGACUCCGAUGGCGACGGCAUCGGAGAUCUGAAUGGCGUUACGGAGAAGCUGCAGUACCUGAAGGACAUUGGCAUCACAGCUGCAUGGCUGUCGCCCAUAUUCAAGUCGCCCAUGGUGGACUUUGGCUACGAUAUUGCGGACUUCUAUCAGAUACAUCCGGAGUAUGGUACCAUGGAGGACUUUGAGCGCAUGAUUGCACGCGCCAAGGAGGUUGGCCUCAAGAUCAUUUUGGACUUUGUGCCCAAUCACUCGAGCGACAAGAGUGAGUGGUUCAUCAAGUCCGUGAACGGUGAUCCCCAGUACAAGGAUUAUUAUAUUUGGCACAAUGGCAAAAUCAAUGAGGAAACCGGAGAGCGUGAGGCGCCAAGCAACUGGAACUCCGAGUUCAGGUACAGCGCCUGGGAAUGGAACGAGGUCAGGCAGCAGUAUUAUCUGCAUCAAUUUGCGAUAGGCCAGCCGGACUUGAACUAUCGCAAUCCCGCUGUUGUCAACGAGAUGAAGAACGUGAUCAAGUUCUGGCUAGCUAAAGGCGUCUCCGGCUUCCGUAUUGAUGCGAUUCCCUAUCUGUUUGAAAUUGAGCUGGAUCGCUACAACGAGUACCCCGACGAGCCGCUCUCCAAUGACAGCAGCUGCCCAGAUCCGGACGACCACUGCUACACGCAGCACAUUUACACCCAGGACCAGCCCGAGACCUUUGACAUGGUUUACCAAUGGCGUGAGCUAGUCGACGAAUUCCAUACGGAACAUGGCGGAGACGAGCGUUUGCUCAUGACUGAGGCCUACACCAGCUUCGAGAACAUCAUGAAGUUCUACGGCGAUGGCGUUCGCAACGGCUCGCACAUUCCCUUCAACUUCGACUUCCUCACGAGCAUCAACAAUGCCUCCAAGGCAACGGAGUACGUGGAGCACAUCGAGAAGUGGCUGAACGCCAUGCCUGCUGGCGUCUCUGCCAAUUGGGUGCUGGGCAACCACGACAACAAGCGCGUGGCAUCACGCUUCGGUGUCCAGCGCAUCGAUUUGAUAAACAUUCUGCUGCAAACGCUGCCAGGCCAUGCCGUCACUUAUAAUGGCGAGGAGCUCGGCAUGACUGAUGUAUUCAUUAGCUGGGAGGACACCGUUGAUCCCAGUGCCUGCAACUCCGAUCCGGAGCACUACUACGACAGAUCUCGAGAUCCUGCCCGCACACCCUACCAAUGGGACGCCUCCUCAAUGGCGGGUUUCACCUAUGCCGAUCACACUUGGCUGCCCGUUUCGGAUGACUUCAAGACGAACAAUGCCCUGCAACAGCUGCGCGCGCCACAAUCGCAUCUGCAGAUCUUCAAGACGCUCGUGCGUGUGCGACAGGAGCCAUCAUUCCGUACUGGUGCACUGAAGAUUCAGGCUCUGGAUGAUGAUGUCAUUGUCUACUCUCGUCAAAAGGAGGGCAGCGACCUGUAUGUUAUUGUGCUGAAUCUGGGCAGCACUGCCAAGACUCUGGACCUCACCAAGUAUUUCAGCUUGGGCGCACAGGCAGAGGUCAUAACCAGCUCCCUUCAGUCGCAGUAUACAAAUGGCGAUACCGUGACGACCUCAGCCUUUGUGGCCAACCCCAAUGUGGGCACCGUUUUGGUAGCCAUUAACUAAAGAUUCAGUUGGUUUAUCAACUAACUUUUAAUUAUAAUAAACUGCUAACAAAUAAUAAUAAUAAAG